UGUUGUCCCGCGGGGCUUUUCGGGGCUUGUAGUUUUCCUCUCAGCGGGCAACGGUCCGUUUCGAUUCUCGGCGGAGCGGCGUCGCGAACUUCCAUGGCAAGCCAGGAAGGCGCUGCCGCCAGUCCCGAAAAGGGCGCCGAAAAGGCCUCGAAGUCCUCGAGCUCGGAUUCUGAUGAGGAAGGGGGAGCUUCUGGCCAAACAGAAAUGGAAUUUUUGCGAAACCUCUUUUCCCGGACUCUGGGCUUCGGCAGUGAGAAGCCUGAGAAGGUGCUGGAGGAACUGACGCUGGAAGGCGUGACCAAUUUCAUGCUCACUGAGAAAUGCAAGAAUAUAAUCUGUAUGGUCGGUGCAGGAAUCUCAACUAGUGCGGGGAUCCCCGAUUUCCGCUCACCUGGCACGGGGCUAUAUGCCAAUCUGCAGCAAUACAAUCUACCAUACCCUGAAGCCAUCUUUGAGAUUGGCUACUUCAAGAAAAACCCAGAUCCAUUCUUCACCUUGGCUCGGGAGCUCUACCCAGGGCAGUUCAAGCCCACAGUCUGUCACUACUUCAUUCGCCUUUUGAAGGAUAAAGGGCUGCUGCUACGCUGCUACACUCAGAACAUUGACACCUUGGAACGGGUGGCCGGUCUGGAUGCUGAACACUUAGUGGAAGCUCAUGGCACCUUUUAUACCUCCCAUUGCAUCAGCUCCGCUUGCAGGAAGUCCUACAGCCUGGAGUGGAUGAAAGAAAAAAUAUUUGCAUCUCUCACCCCCAGGUGUGAAAAAUGUCAAAGCGUAGUGAAGCCAGACAUCGUGUUUUUUGGGGAGAAUCUGCCCCCUCGUUUCUUCUCUCUCAUGCAGUCGGAUUUCCAGAAUGCGGACAUGCUUAUUAUCAUGGGCACCUCCCUUCAGGUCCAGCCUUUCGCCUCUCUGGUCAGCAGGGUACCCACAAACACCCCACGUCUUCUGAUCAAUAAGGAGAAGACAGGAGAGAGUGAUCCUUUCAUGUCCCUGAUGGGCUUAGGCUGCGGGAUGGAUUUUGAUUCAGAGAAGGCAUACAGGGACGUCGCGUGGCUGGGAGACUGCGAUGAGGGCUGCCUGGCUUUGGCAGAGCUGUUGGGAUGGAAGAAAGAGCUGGAGGAACUGGUGGAAAAGGAGCACGCUCUCAUUGAGGCCCAAUCUGGACAGGCUGUGGGUGUCGGGGCAGGCGCUGGUUGGCAACCAGCCAAGAAGCAAGAGCAGAAUCCGUCUUUGGAGAACGAAAAGCCAGCUGCAAAGAAAGAAGAAUGAAGAGAUUAGAGAAGACUGAGGAACCCUACUUUUCUGAUUAUUAAAAAACCCACCUCGAUGUGAACGGGG